AUGCUGUUGAGACCGCCAGUGCUUCUUGGAGUUUCCUCGCCUGGUCUCAUUUCGGACGUUGACCGCAGAGACCCUGUCCGUGCAUUCGGCAAGCCUCGCUCCACAUCCAGGUCUUCUAUUCUGGUCGGCUGUAUUGCUGCAGUUGGAGUCGCUGCUGACAGCGGGAGGAGACGACUGGUUGUGAGGCGAGCGAUGGGAAGGCCCGGGCUGGAGUCUGCCCGACUUGAGCUCUACAAAAUGGGAUCGCGACUGGAACGCGAUCUCGUGCCAUUCCUGCAGAAGGAUGUUCGCCAGAUCCUGGGUGGAGUUCGGGUGAACAUACCGAACAAAACCAAGGGACAGAGCAAGGAUCUCCUAUCCUCAGCUCGAGCGAUCUUAGGCAAAAUCUCCAAGGCUGAUGUCUGUCUUCACUACAGCCUCAAGAACAUGCCGGCUGGUGUCCGACCCUUUCGUGAAUUUCUGCUUGAAGCUGCAGAUGUGGGUGUUCAGGCUGUGCUGCUCGUAUCGGGUACCGGGAAGAAGCCGAAGCGUGAUGCGGUGAGCUGCUUGCGCGAGCUCGCUGCCGACCUGCGCGAAAGCCAGCUGAAACUCCCACGCCUGGGCGUUGCGUUCAGCCCCUUUGAAGAUCCUGAGAUCGAGCAGGCACGCUUGAAGGACAAGUUGUCUUCCGGCCUGGUAGAUUCAAUCUGGCUGCAGAUUGGCUCUGACUUGGAGGCUCUGCGUGCUGGCCUGGAGUUUCUUCGGGAUGCAGCGGGUGACAUCAGAAUUUACGGCUCUGUCUUCGUGCCAUCGCGGCAGCUUCUGAGCAGGUUCCGCGAGCGCCCAUGGGCCGGCGUCGAUCUGACCCCCAACAGCUAUCUGGAGUCUUUGGAGAAUGCCGGGAAUGUGACCCAGCAGAUCUUAGAGUUGUAUUCCGAGUUCGGUGUGCUGCCACUGGUGGAGAGCCCUGUGGAAAAUGCCUCUGCGCUCCGAAGCAUGAGGGCUUUGUUCCGAGAUCCACAGGACAGCCUUCUAAGCAGCCAGGUGUCGCCAGGAGCCCCUAAGGCGGCCCUGGCUGCAGACGACACUCGGAGCGAAGGUUUGGCCCUCAUGUGGUUUCGUGUGGACCUGAGAGUGCACGACAACCCUGCCCUGACCGCCGCAGCGCGGCACCCUGAGCUUCUCCCUCUCUACAUCGCAGAGGAGGAAGUGGGGGGAGCGGCCCAGGUCUGGCUGAAGGAGUCAUUGAAAGCCUUAUCAGCGACUUUGGAGAGCAUGGGCUCGAGGCUUUGCUUGCGUCGUGGGGACGUCACUGAGGAGCUGACAUCUCUCUGCCGGCAGCUGAAUGUCAGAGCCGUCUAUUUCAAUCGUCGAUAUGAGCCGUGGUUGAAGGAAGCAGACGACCGAAUCUCCAGCGAGCUGCAGCAGAUGGGCGUGUCCGUGCAUAGCUUUGAGAGCUACUUGCUCUACGAACCAGAGAGCAUCUCGAUGAACAGUGGCUUUCACCACGGCCAUUGGGGAACCUUGCUGCCUUUCUUAGGGGCCUGCCGAAGACUCGGACAGCCCCGCAAGCCUCUACCCAAGCCGGCGACACUUCCAUCGAGCCCCGAGCUGGCCAAAGAAAUCACACAACCCCUGGAGGAACUCCAGCUCGCCAAAAUCCCACCUGGCAUAGAGGAUUGGAGUGCCCCUAUACGCGAAGCAUGGGACUUUGGCGAAGAUGCCGCACUCUCCCAGAUGCAGUCCUUCGUGCUGGGGCCGCGCCUGGAGAACUAUGAGAAGCAACGGAGCCGGGCAGACCUGGAAGAGAAUCCCAACUCACGCUUAUCGCCCUACCUCCGAUGGGGCCAGCUCUCUCCUCACGAUCUCUAUUGGGCGGUAAAGGGGACGGGACUUCAAGAAAAGGACGUGAAGACCUUUGAGCGCAGGCUCUUCUGGAGAGAGCUCGCGUACUUUCACUAUAUGGUGUUCCCUAAAAUGCGCCAUGAGCCGAUCCGGUCGAGCUACAAAGACAUCAGCUGGAGCCAAGACAUGCAGCUGCUCAAGAAGUGGCAGAAGGGCUCAACCGGAUAUCCACUGGUCGAUGCUGCUAUGAGGGAGCUCUGGAAGACUGGUUGGUGUCAACAAAACAUGCGGAUGGUAGUGGCCUCUUUCUUGGUUGAAUACUGCAACAUCGACUGGGUCAAGGGUGCUGAGUGGUACGAGGACACUUUGGUGGACGCAGACAUUGCGAUCAACAGCAUGAUGUGGCAAAAUGCUGGACGUUCUGGCAUUGAUCAAUGGAAUUUCGUUAUCUCUCCUGAAGGUGGAUCCCAGGACCCUUCGGGUGCCUACGUCCGACGCUGGGUGCCUGAACUGCAGAAGCUGCCAAGACGAUUUCUUCACAAGCCAUGGGAGGCACCAGCGGACGUCUUAACAGCAGCCGGUGUUGUCCUAGGCGAGACCUACCCUUUUCGGUGUGUUUCAGAUUUGAAGGGCGCACGGCAGCUUUCCGCGGAUGCCGUGCUGAACAUGCGCCGUGGAAUCAUGAACAGCACUUGGAACGAUGCUGAGGGUUACGACGUCAUCAGCCUCCCUGGCGGAGAGCUGACCAAAGUCUUCACGAGAAGGGAGUUCCGGCUGCCAAAGCUUCCCGGGCCAGCCCAUCGAGACAUCGUCAGCCCGGACGCUUCAGGCGCCACGCUGGAAGCAGGAUCUGAGAGCACUCGGCGCCGAGGCAGUGUGGGGAAUAGCGCGGAUGCUAUGCGAUUUCUGUGCGAGUUCGUCGAAAAGGAGGAAGCACGUCUUGGGCUUGGCCUCUCUCCUACCAGGCCAUCUCCGUCGGGUGCUCCCCAAAGUUGGACAAAAAUGGCCGGAAGGGUGGACCCAGGUCUUGAGCAGUUGUCAGCGGUGAAGGUUGCUUUACAGAAGCAGGACAAGAUUUGUUCUGCAGCAUGUGCACCCGCCAUGACAAAAUCCGAAGUGGAUGACGUGCCCCGUGACCUGGAGGGCAACUUCCUCGCAAAGAAAGAGUGGCAGUAUCCUUUAGAGCAGAGAUCAGGGUGGCUGCCGUCAGCUGCACAGGAAAUGGCAGACAACCACCCCUGGACUCGCCGUGCAGUAGAGAAGAAUCCGCGUUUCCCAGGCUACGUUCCACCGGAAGCCUUGUUCUGCUGGACAGAGUCUGACUUCGCCAGCUACAUCAACAGCGGUGGCUUCGUGAAGCCGAAGCUGAAGUGUCAGUACUAUCUCUCCCCUGAGAACCCGCAGACGAUCGUGGACUUGCUGGAGCCCAUCCUCAGUGAGCUCAACUGGACCUGCACCGUCGAUUCCCAUUCCGGCCGAGAGGAGAGCUUGGCCCAGGUAACGGACUACAUGGGUAUGCCGGUGCCACGGCUGAAGAAGCAGGAUGAUGGCAGCUUGGAGGUGCUGAAACCAAGCGAAGAGGUCGCCCCAGUGUUCAUCUGGGAAGCCAGCCGGAACUUGAUCGACCAUGGGCCCACCCUCAAGUUCCGAGGGCUGGUCAAUCGGCUAAGCGGCGUCAACAUGUUCACCAAGGUGGGCAUGUUGGAGCUCAUCCGGGAGCGAUGCAUUGAAAGGGACAUCCCAAUUAAUUUUCCACCACCGUGGUAUCCUUUGACCUUCGCUCUCCCGGAUGACCUGGAGCAGUGGAAGCGACACGCAGAGGCGAAUCCACACAAGAAAUGGAUCUACAAGCCGAGCUGUGAGGCGAUGGGCAGAGGCAUCAUCCUGGUGAACAAGAUCUCCGAUGUGGACUCUAAAGAGAAGCCCUUUCGAACAAGGUGCAAGAAUGUCGAGGUCUUCGAUCCGAACGAGCCACCACUCAAGGAGAGGAACUUUGCCAAUGUCGGCAUCAUUCAGGAGUACAUGGUGAACCCGAUGCUUCUGGAGAACCGGAAGUUCGCCAUCCGGGUCUACAUGUUGGUAGCUCGAACCAAACCGCUUCUCACGUUCCAUUACAAUUUUGGUUACGUGAAACGCUGUGGAGAGUUUUAUGACGAAAAUAAAUUCAACCGCGAAGACUUGUUCCGACACAUCACAGAGCAGGAGUUUCAGAAGAAGCAAGAUGACUUCGGCGGCUCUGCAGCUUCGCAGCUCAUGUCCAUCGAGGACCUGGACAAAUAUCUGCAGGAGCAGUAUGGUAUUCCUGCGUUCAGGCUCAACUUUUGGCAACAAGUCAAAGCGAUUUGUAUGGAGGUUAACCUCGGCAUGAAGGAGGGCAUCGCCGAAAAGGCGAAGGUUGGACAAUUCGAGAUCUUCGGCCUGGACAUCAUCGUUGAUGCCGACCAGCGUCUGUACCUGCUGGAAGCAAACAGAGAUCCCUCUUGGGUCUUGGAUACGCAGGUGAAGAAAGCGAUUAUUCCUGACAUGAUUCGCGAGAUGAUGGAGGUCGUUCUUUGGGCGCACAGCGACGAAGGGAAGAACAAAGAAGCCAUGCUUCAUUCCCCCAUGCGGGGCUUCGAGGUGCUGAUCGAUGAGGCAUUUGACUUUCAAGCCGUUGAUGUCGAAUGA